AUGUCCGGAUUGACAAUAACUUCCCGAAGUCUAAUUCAUUGUGGUAAGAAGUGUCUUCACAACAACUCCUGCGUGGCAUUCUUCUUCGAAAGCGUUGACAAUUUUAACUGUGAAUUGCAGGACCAUAUACUAAGCUCUACUGAUGGACUCAGUGAUAAAAAUGCAGUUACAUAUUAUAUUUUGUAUGGAGCAACUUCCUCAACUCCUGCAGUCACUACUACUACAUCAACAACGCCUGUGCCGACUACCACUACAUCAACAACGCCUGUACCGAUCACCACUACUACAUCAACAACGCCUGUACCGACCACCACUACAUCAACAACGCCUGUACCGACCACCACUACAUCAACAACGACUGUACCGACCACUACUACACUAACAACGCCUGUACCGACAACAACUACAUCAACAACGCCUGUACCGACCACCACUACAUCAACAACGCCUGUUCCGACCACUACUACAUCAACAACGCCUGUACCGACAACCACUACAUCAACAACGCCUGUACCGACCACUACUACAUCAACAACGCCUGUACCGAUCACCACUACAUCAACAACGCCUGUACCGACCACCACUACAUCAACAACGCCUGUACCGACCACCACUACAUCAACAACGCCUGUACCGACCACUACUACAUCAACAACGCCUGUAACGACAACCACUACAUCAACAACGCCUGUACCGACCACUACUACAUCAACAACGCCUGUACCGAUCACCACUACUACACUAACAACGCCUGUACCGACCACCACUACAUCAACAACGCCUACUACUACAUCAACAACGCCUGUACCGAUCACCACUACUACAUCAACAACGCCUGUACCGACCACCACUACAUCAACAACGCCUGUACCGACCACCACUACAUCAACAACGCCUGUACCGACCACCACUACGCCUGUGCCGACAACCACUACAUCAACAACGCCUGUACCGACCACCACUACAUCAACAACGCCUGUGCCGACAACCACUACAUCAACAACGCCUGUGCCGACCACUACUACAUCAACAACGCCUGUACCGACCACCACUACAUCAACAACGCCUGUGCCGACCACCACUACAUCAACAACGACUGUACCGACCACUACUACAUCAACAACGCCUGUACCGACCACUACUACAUCAACAACGCCUGUACCGAUCACUACUACACAUCAACAACGCCUGUGCCGACCACCACGACAUCAACAACGCCUGUACCGACCACUACUACAUCAACAAUGCCUGUACCGACCACCACUUCAUCAACAACGUC